UUUUAGUGCACUCAUCGAACAAACCUACUAUCUGACAGAUCCACUAUCUGACAAGUUAAAUUUGUGGAUUGUGUAUGAGAACGAUAUGACAAAGUAAAUGCUAAAAGUCAAGAGAAAAACAAGCAACCAAAAACGUAAAGUCCUUCCAAACAGCAAUCAGAUUAUUUUGCAACAGACGUAUUUAGAAAAGUAUUCAUAAAAAAAUCAGAAAUCAGAAAAAGUCUUCUCGAAGGCAAACCAAAAUGGUAUUGCGGUCGGGCAUAAUUAUCCCUUUUCAAUUCCGUGACAACAAGAAGCUGCUGAUGAUUGGGGUACCUGAGGAAAACCGUAAUCUGAACAUCUGGGAUUUGAGGAAUGUUGUGAGGGCAGCAUUUGGAAUUUAUAACUUUGAAUUUCGAAACAAGAAGAUUGGAUUCAAUAUUCCCGAUGAGUUGCUAUUGCACUAUUUAGCUCAACGUCAUGAUCUUACCAAUUUCGUUAUAGAAAUUGGUCAAGAAAUGGCUAUUUUAUCUCUACAUAUACGGUCUACAUGAAUUGAAAUAAAUAUCCAGGAGGAAUUAUAUGUAUGUAUAUCGCUCAUUUACUUCAAUAAUGUAAUAACUCUAAAGGACCAAGAUCGAGGCAAAAGGCUUUUAAAUUUUAAAUUUAUAUAUGUAUACUCCCAUAGUAAAAAUGAAUACAUAUUUUCUACUAGUAAACUACUGGUAAUUGAUAUAUCUAUGAAAUUUUUACGCAACAUAGAAUAAGUUUUAACUCUGUAUGUAUUUUUGAAUUAUGACACUAUUGAUGUACAUGAGCGUUAUGUACAUACAUACAUUUACUAUUUGAUAAAGAAAUUUAUGUUCCGGCUCUGACAAUAUACUAGUUAUAUUAUUAAUUAAAUGUGUAUAAGCUAUGAUUGGGAUGAAAAUAUAUUUAUAGGGAUUUGUUUUAGAUAAAAUAACUUUUAAGGUUUUUUAAAAUUUGUUACUGUAAUAAAUAACUUCACGCUUACCAUACUGCACUUGGCCUCUAGUAAGUUCG